AUGACGAUUUACGAGAAGAACCUGAACGACGUGAUCACCGUCGUCAAGGCGAAGCCCGGUUACAAGGCCUUCGCAUCGCUCGUCGGCGCAAUUCUGAAGCAAACGCAGCUGAAGAGCCUCGUGCAGCAGAACCUGACCAUCUUCGUUCCCAACGACAAGGCGCUUAACGAAUUCAACCUCACCCAGUACGCGACCGCCGACCUCCUUAAAGUCGUCAAAUACCACGCCGUCAAGGGCACCUACACCUUCGCGCAGCUGCAGGCUCUCGCCGCAUCUGGCGGGAAGCUUCAGACGACACUCGGCUUGACCAUCUCGCUGACCCCUACGAAGAAGGGCGUCGGAAUGUUCGGCAUGGAGAAGAUCGGCGCCGCUGUCCUCGAUAAGGACAUCUCCAUUAAGCCGACGGUGGUCGCGCAGGGAAUUUCCCGCGUGUUGAAGCCUAAGGGGUUCGUUAUCAAGGGCGCGGGCGCGACUACCCCGACGACCAAGUCUCCGACUCCUACGACGACUGACCCUAAGACUCCAAAGGCUCCUAAGGACCUGGGUAUUGCGCGAACUGUAGAUCGCACGCAUACGUGCGACGAUUGCGACAUGGACCCCGCCAUCUUCUCUGCCAGAAGCUUAUUCGCACACGACAGCGACGAUGACGAGUCGCCACGUGCUGCGCGGAAUACCGCGGGAGCUGGCGGCGCGGUGGGCGGAAUCGAGCGGAGUGGCGGAGCUGGCGGAUCGGACGGGGGAGGGGAAAGGGGGAAUGGGAGCGCGGAGGGAGACGACCGGGGAGCCGCGCACGCGGGGGACGCGGGGAACGCGGGUGAGGCGGAAGAGGGAAUGGAGUAUGAAGAGAGGCGGCAUCAAUUUCCGGGGGGACAGGAGCUGCUUAUAAGGGAGUUUUCUUUCCAUCCGGUCAACGCCAACCUGCUCUGGCCUGGCGCAAUGUCCUUCGCUGAUUGGCUUGCUGCCCGUCAACAAGUGCUGGCUGGAGCAAGAGUGCUGGAGAUUGGGAGUGGGACAGGCACGCUGGCCAUUUAUUUGAGCAAGGCCAUGGGCUGUGACAUCACCACGUGUGACUAUAACGAUGCCAGCAUUGCUGCCAACAUUCGCCACAACUGCCUGGCCAAUGGCAUCGAACCACUACCUCACAUUCGACACACAUGGGGUGAACCGUUUCCCAUCAGCCAGCCGUCAUGGGAUGUCAUCAUCGCAAGUGAUGUUCUGCUCUAUGUGAAAGAGUAUCCCAACCUAGUCAAGACCCUCCGCUUUCUCCUCUUCGGCGCUCUGAAGUCCUCCCAAGCAGAGCAAGGGAAAGCCUCUGAAGUGGGGAUAGUUGCUGAUCCAGCUGCUCCUAUAGUGCAGACACAGGAAAAACCGCGUGAGCAGGGCGGUGGGAAUGCAAGGCAGCGAAUGCAGAAGCAGCAGCGCAGAAGAGAGGAGGUUGCUGCUGAUGUGGCGUUGAGGCGACCAUGCUUUGUGAUGAGUUGGCGCAGGAGAAUCCCGAGGGAGGAUGAGGAGGGGUUUUUCAGGUUGUGUGAGGAGGCAGGGAUGAGUGUGGAUGAUCUCGGCUCUAGGGUGUUUUGCAUUGCGCCCGUUGUUGAAACAUAA